AUAGAAUAAAUCAAGUUAAAAAAAAUUGUCAUUAAUUCUAGAUAUUUGAAAAAAUUUAUAUAUAAAAAAAAAUAUAUAUAUAUAAUAUAUAUAUAUAUAUAUAAGUAUAUAUUUAGUGUCUGUUUUGUAAAUAUAAUUAUGGCAGCAUAUGCACAAUUUGGUUAUAGUUAUCCGUCGGCAACUCAGUUAUUAGUUAGCAGUGGUCAAACAACAACAACAACAGCAGCAAGUGCUCAAUCACCGAUAUCAGGUGCAAAUGCACCAUCAAUAUCACCAUCUGGUGUUUCGGUAACAGGUGGUGCACCAACUGGCGGAGCAUUAAGUCCUGGUGCCUUAUCACAAACAUCAACAAAUAAUGCACCACCAGGUAGUGGUGGCGGUGGUGGCGGAGGUGGUGGUGGUGGUAGUGGUGGAAAUGGUGGUGGAAGUCAAGGUGGUGGUAGCACAUCAGGUUCAUGUUGUGAAAAUGGUCGACCAAUUAUGACAGAUCCUGUAUCAGGACAAACAGUAUGUUCAUGUCAAUAUGAUUCAGCUAGAUUAGCAUUAGCAUCAGGUUAUUCAAGAAUACCAACAGGUAGUGUUGGUGUUUAUGGUACACCAUAUCCAUCAACUGAACAAAAUCCUUAUCCAAGUAUUGGUGUUGAUAGUUCAGCAUUUUAUUCACCUCUUAGUAAUCCAUAUGGCCUAAAAGAUAGCGGACCAACAUCUGAUAUGGGUGCGUGGACGUCAGCGGGAUUACAACCAACAACUGGUUAUUAUCCUUAUGAUCCAACGUUAGCUGCAUACGGAUAUGGCGCCGGCUAUGAUUUAGCAGCAAGACGAAAAAAUGCCACACGUGAAUCAACAGCAACAUUAAAAGCCUGGCUAAAUGAACAUAAAAAGAAUCCUUAUCCAACAAAAGGUGAAAAAAUUAUGUUAGCAAUAAUAACAAAAAUGACAUUAACGCAAGUAUCAACGUGGUUUGCGAAUGCAAGAAGACGACUGAAAAAAGAAAAUAAAAUGACAUGGGAACCAAAAAAUAAAACUGAUGAUGAUGAUGAUGCAAUGGUUUCAGAUGAAGAAAAAGAUAAAGAUGAUAUGUUAGAUACAGAUAAAAAUCGUGAUUUAAAAGAUCCAAUGCAUCACGUUAAAUCAGAACAUGAUAAAGACGAUGAUGAUGAUGAUCUUGACGAUGAUAGAAAACCAGAUAAUUUAAAUAAUAUGAUGGGUGGUAUUGGUGGUCAUGUUGGUGGUAAUUUAAGCCAUCAUCAUCAUCAUCAUCAUCCUCAACAUCCAGCAUAUGGCCAUCAUCCGGCAUAUUCACAUCAUUAUCAACAUCAUCCGUCACUUUUAGGUGCUAGUGGUUAUCCAAAUAUUAAAGAAGAAUUAUCGGGUCCAAAAAACCAGACAAGCAGCGACUGUGGGAUCCCGAUUCCAGCUACAAAACCGAAAAUUUGGAGUCUGGCAGACACAGCCGCUUGCAAAACACCACCACCAUCGGGAUAUAUGAUUCACCAUCAAUCAUUUCAACAUCAACUUCAGCAACAUCAUCAGCAGCAACAACAGCACCAACAACACCAACAGCACCCCCAACACAAUCAGCUUCAAUUACAACAACAAACCCAGCACAACACACAUUUGACAGCCGGCGGUCUAUGGAUGGGAAAUUAUCAGCAACAUCAUCAGCAGCAACAGCAUCACCAGCAACAGCAACCCAAUCAUCAGCAAUCACACCACCACCAUUCCAAUCAACAGCAACAGCACCCCAAUCAGCAGCUGCUCAAUACACAUCCGAAUGGUGGAAACAACGUUGCCGGUAUGGGGAUGGUUAUGGGGAAUAUGGUUGGUAUAAAUCAACAGCAGCAGCAACAGCAUCACCAAGCCCACAACAACACCAACAAUUCCCAGCAACAGCAGCAACAAUCUCAAACUCAACAGAAUCAACAGCAGAAUCAGCAACAACAACACCAUCAACAGCAACAAUCCCAAAUGAAUAUGAUGAGCAAUUUCGUAAAUUCACAUCAAUAUACCAACAGACAGUACGCGGGGUUUCUAGGGCAAGCAGCAGCAAUAGCAGCGGGACAAAUGUAUCAUCAAGCUAUGAACAACAGCAACAAUCACAACAGCAACAACAACAACAACAAUAUGAAUCAACAAGGUAUGAGCCAGCAAGGUACACAACAACACCCAAAUACACCUACCACCCCUACUACGGUUAUGCAACAGCAGCAAACAGUGGGUUCUACGAAUACGAACGGAAAUCAUACGAACAACAAUCAGCAACAACAAUCGAUGGGGUUUCCCGAAGUACAGACAGAUACCCCACCGCAAACUCCACCGAAUAUGAAAUUGCCGAGCGUAGCAGCGAAUCUCAUACAAGGUUCGGCAACCCCUACGACCGGUACUUACAAUAAUAAUAAUAAUCAUGUUAGUAAUAAUAAUAAUAAUAAUAGCAAUAAUAAUAAUAACAACAAUAAUAAUAGUAGCAGUUCAAAUAACAAUUUAAGCAGCGGUUAUAGUAGUGAUUCAUCACCGAAUAGUAAUAGCAGUUAUGUUAGUAAUUUUACUAGACUUCAAGAUCAUUCACCAACUAAAGAUUAUACACAACAAUUGAUUGAUGGUGGAACAAAUGUUGAUGCAACAGCGGCUUUUAAACCAUUUUUCAAAAGUCAGCAGUUGACAAAUGGAUUCGUCUCACCUGUAUAAAAUUUAAAAGAACUUUUAAGUUGGAGAAAAGUUAAAUGUAAAACCAACUCCCGCUAAAAGAUUUAAUAGGAUUAAAAAUAAUAAUAUCAAAAGAAAAAAUGCUUUACUGUUGUUACAAAGAACAUUUCAUUAAAAAUGUUAAAAAAAUUGUUGGGAUAAAGAAAUGUUUUUAAAA